AUGACCAGGACAAGCCCCCUUCAGCAGGAUGCAAUUCACGGCAUCAAGCUGUGGGUUGCAAAGGAAGUACAGCCUUGGAUGAUAUUGAGCUCCCUGCAGUUAGUCCUAGACGGUGGACAUACAUUAGGCAUCCUCUGCAGUGACGGACACAUGCAAUUCAAGAUCCCAGAUCUUGUGACAUCAAUCUGUAUCAAUCUGCCAUGCAAUAUGUACAUGUCUGAUGGGGAGGUGAAAAAUACAAAUGUUGACAUCAUAGAGUUGGAGGUGUCAAGAACAAUUGCACUGAGGAAUUGGAAGACAGUCAAAAAGUGUACCAAAAAGCCAUUUGGAUCAUUAUCAACAUCAAUGAUCAACAUCAAUGAGAGUGCCUGCACUGCUUCGGUGGUACCAAACUUCAAGAACAUGGCCAAGAGUCUGCUGGGCUACAAUUUUAUCCCCUCACCAGGCGAUGAAAGUCACAUCCUCUUCAGUGGCAUCUUGCAUGGGCUUGAAAUCUUGCUCAGAAAGGUCUCUGCUGAGCUGUAUCUUUUCCACAGGGAUGAUGACCUUGACAAGCUUCACAAGGGGGUCACCAUUUCUGCAGGGGCUUACACUGCUGGCAUGUUCCAUGGCAUGAGCUUUGAAGAAUGGCAGAAGUUGUCCGAGCGCCCCACCCUCAAUGUUCUCCAUCAGGUGGAAGAUCCCCUUCCUGAAAUAGUUGAAGCCAUUUGUCAAGUGGCAUCUCAGGGGCAGCCAGAUGUUCCAAAGAGCUCUGAGCUCAUUGAUGUGGAUGAGAACAAUGCAUUUAACUGGGAGAAGGAGGACACUCAGAGGCAUAAGCAAGCAAAACCUGCUGAACCUUCUAUCCAUGACAAUGCAAAGAGACAUUGCCUGGACGCCUUCUGGAAUUCAUGUGGUCCACCUCCCUCCCCACCUCGCCCUAUGAAUGUGCCUUUGUCUGACAUUGAAGAUGAAGAUGAGUCAGUUGAGAAGUUGGAUGAAGCCGAUGAAGAAUACAUAGAGGGUGCACACCCUUUGUCCCGUUUGACAGGCAAGCAGACUGUGAUGGCAAAGGGUAAGAGGCCGCAGAGGGUUAAGCGGAAGGGCAAGCCUUGGGUCGUGAAAUCUGCUCAUUUUUGUCUUCCCUCUGUGCUGUUGUAUUUGCUCAUUGCUGGGACAAUUUCUGUUGUGUUGCUCUGUUGUGUUGUUGCUGUUGGCACCAUCAUCAAUGUGUUUCUUGUGUAUACCACUGGGAUCAAGUACAGUGCAUCUGUCCACACAGACUAG